UGAAAACGCCCAGAGAGUGUUGAGUCCCCCUGUCAGAGCUGUGGAGCCUGCACCAAGGAGAAGGAGAUACCAACGCAAGUUAUUCAGAAGGAAAACAAUACCAUUUCCAGAGUUGGUAUUCCUGUGUUUGGCUUGCCUUAAUAGGAGAAUUGGGACUGGUGACACUUGUUUCAAUGAAAGCAGCAGUGUGAACGACUGCAGCCUGCUGCCAGAAAUGGCCCUCUCAGUGGACUCGUCUUGGCACCGGUGGCAGUGGCGAAUUAGAGAUGGCCUCCUCCAGGCUCCAUCAGAGGCCACACCACUGCUGUCCCCAGAGAAGGGGAGGCAGAGCCACAACCUGACGCAGCAGCGGGUCGUGUUCCCCAACAACAGCCUGUUCCACCACAAUUGGGCAAAGGUCUCCGGGAGAUACUCCAGCAAUAGAAUCUGCACGACCAAGUACACCCUUUUCACCUUCCUUCCCCAGAACCUCUUGGAGCAGUUCCACAGGUGGGCUAACCUCUAUUUCCUGUUCCUGGUGAUUCUGAACUGGAUGCCCGCCAUGGAAGUUUUCCACCGAGAAAUCACCAUGUUACCGUUGGUCGUUGUGCUCUCCAUCAUCAUGGUCAAGGACGGCAUGGAGGAUUUCAAGAAACACCGCUUUGAUCGAGAGAUAAACUGCUCCAACAUCCAGAUAUACGAAAGGAAAGCCCAGAGCUAUGUGCAGAAGCGCUGGAAGGAUGUGCGUGUGGGAGAUUUUGUCCAAAUGCAAUGCAAUGAGAUCAUCCCAGCAGACAUACUCCUGCUCUUUUCCUCGGACCCCAGCGGGAUCUGCCACCUGGAGACGGCCAACUUGGAUGGAGAGACAAACCUCAAGCAAAGGCGUGUGGUGAAGGGCUUCUCUCAGCAGGAGGUGCAGUUCGAGCCGGAGCAUUUCCACAACACCAUCGUGUGUGAGAAACCCAACAACCAUCUCAACAAGUUCAAGGGUUAUAUGGAGCAUCCUGACCAGACCAGGACCGGCUUUGGCAGUGAGAGCCUUCUGCUUCGAGGCUGCACCAUCAGAAACACCGAGGUGGCUGUUGGCAUUGUCAUCUAUGCAGGCCACGAGACAAAAGCCAUGCUGAACAACAGCGGCCCCCGGUACAAACGCAGCAAGAUCGAGCGGCGCAUGAACGUGGAUGUCUUCUUCUGCAUCGGCCUCCUCUUCCUCAUGUGCCUCGUUGGAGCUGUAGGUCACAGCCUCUGGAAUAGAACCUUCAGCGAACACCCUCCUUUCGACGUGCCAGAUGCCAAGGGCGGUUUCCUUCCCCUUGCCCUCGGGGGCUUCUACAUGUUCCUCACAAUGAUCAUCCUGCUCCAGGUGCUGAUCCCCAUCUCCCUGUACGUGUCUAUUGAGCUGGUGAAGCUCGGGCAAGUCUUCUUCCUGCACAAUGACCUUGACCUGUAUGAUGAAGAGACCGAUCUGUCCAUUCAGUGUCGGGCUCUCAACAUCACGGAGGACUUGGGUCAGAUCCAGUACAUCUUCUCGGACAAGACGGGGACGCUGACCGAGAACAAGAUGGUGUUCCGGCGUUGCACCAUCAUGGGCUACGAGUAUUCUCACCAAGAAAAUGCCAAGCGACUGGAGACCCCAAAGGAACUGGACUCAGACAGUGAAGAGUGGACCCAGUACCAGUGUCUGUCCUUCCCAGCCAGAUGGGCCCAGAACCCAGCAGCAGCAAGAAACCAAGGAGGGGCCCAGCCUCUGAGGAGAUGCCAGAGUGCCCGGGUGCCCAUGCAGGGCCACUCUCGACAAAGGUCCUUGGGGCGCUGGGAAAACGCACAGUCUCCUGUGGCUUUCAGCAGCUCCCUAGAAAAAGAUGUGACUCCAGACAAAAAUCUGCUGACCAAGGUGCAGGACGCUGCCCUGUGGCUGGAGGCCUUGCCAGGCUCCAGACCUGCCAAGCCUUCCCUCUCUACCACCGCCGCCAUCGCUGACUUCUUCCUCGCCCUAACCAUCUGCAACUCCGUCAUGGUCUCCACAACGACCGAGCCCAGGCAGAGGGUCACCAUGCCACCCUCGACCAAGGCUCUGGGGACAUCCCUGGAGAAGAUUCAGCAGCUCUUCCAGAAGUUAAAGCUUUCGAGCCUCAGCCAGUCAUUCUCGUCCACUGUGCCCUCUGACACCGACCUGGGGGAGAGUUUGGGGGCCAACAUGCCCACCACAGACUCAGAAGAAAGAGACGACGUGUCUGUGUGCAGUGGGGACUACUCCACUGAUGGCGGCUACAGGAGCAGCACCUGGGACCAGGGCGACAUCCUGGCAUCUGGGUCAGACGUUUCCUUGGAGGAGGUGCUGGAGGCCCCAGCCCUAGACCUGGCCAGCCCCGAGCUCUGUUACGAGGCUGAGAGCCCCGAUGAGGCUGCCCUCGUGCAUGCCGCCCGCGCCUACAGCUUCACACUGGUGUCCCGGACGCCCGAGCAGGUGACUGUGCGCUUGCCCCAGGGCACCUGCCUCACCUUUGAUGUCCUCUGCACCCUGGGCUUUGACUCUGUCAGGAAGAGAAUGUCCGUGGUUGUGAGGCACCCGCUGACCCGUGAGAUCGUCAUCUACACCAAGGGCGCCGACUCGAUCAUCAUGGACCUUCUGGAAGACCCGGCCUGUGUGACAGAGAUUGAUGUAGAAAAGAAGGUGAGGAAAAUCCGAGCCCGGACCCAGAAGCACCUAGAUUUGUAUGCGAGAGACGGUCUUCGAACACUGUGCAUCGCCAAGAAGGUUGUAAGUGAAGAGGACUUCCAGAGAUGGGCCAGUUUCCGGCGUGAGGCCGAGGCGUCCCUCGACAACCGAGAUGAGCUUCUGAUGGAGACCGCCCAGCAUCUGGAGAAUCAACUCACCUUACUCGGAGCCACUGGGAUCGAAGACCGGCUGCAGGAAGGAGUUCCAGACACAGUUGCUGCUCUGCGGGAAGCGGGGAUCCAGCUCUGGGUUCUGACCGGAGAUAAACAGGAGACAGCGGUCAAUAUCGCCUAUUCCUGCCGACUGUUAGAUCAGACCGACACUGUUUACUCCAUUAACACAGAAAGUCAGGAAACCUGUGACUCAAUCCUCAGCUGUGCAUUGGAAGAGGUCAAGCAAUUUUAUGGACCACGGAAGCCAGACCGCCUGCCUCCUGGGGCACCUCCCCCGACCUCAGGAGCUGCUAUUCCAGAAGUUGGCUUGGUCAUCGAUGGGAAGACACUGAAUGCCAUUUUCCAGGGAAAGCUGGAGAAGAAAUUUCUGGAGUUGACCCAGUACUGCCGGUCUGUCCUGUGCUGCCGCUCCACGCCCCUCCAGAAGAGUAUGAUAGUCAAGCUGGUGCGAGACAAGUUGAGCGUCAUGACCCUUUCCAUAGGUGACGGAGCAAAUGACGUAAGCAUGAUUCAAGCUGCUGAUAUUGGGAUUGGAAUAUCCGGACAGGAAGGCAUGCAGGCCGUCAUGUCCAGUGACUUCGCUAUCUCCCGCUUCAGACACCUCAAAAAGCUGCUGCUCGUGCACGGCCACUGGUGUUACUCACGGCUGGCCAGGAUGGUGGUGUACUACUUCUACAAGAACGUGAGCUACGUCAACCUGCUGUUCUGGUACCAGUUCCUGUGCGGGUUCUCUGGCUCCACCAUGAUCGACUACUGGCAGAUGAUCUUCUUCAAUCUCUUCUUCACCUCCUUGCCUCCUCUCGUCUUCGGCGUCCUCGAUAAAGACAUCUCAGCGGAAACACUCCUGGCGUUGCCUGAGCUGUACAAGAGCGGCCAGAACUCCGAAUGUUACAACCUGUUGACUUUCUGGGUUUCCAUGGUGGAUGCGUUCUACCAGAGCCUCAUCUGUUUCUUUAUCCCUUACCUGACGUACAAGGACUCUGAUAUCGACGUCUUCACUUUCGGGACACCCAUCAAUACCGUCUCCCUCGCCACAAUCCUCUUGCACCAGGCAAUGGAAAUGAAGACCUGGACCAUCAUCCACGGGCUGGUGCUCGUAGGCAGCUUCCUGAUGUACUUCGUGGUAUCCCUGGUGUAUAACGCCACCUGUGUCAUCUGCAACAGCCCCACCAACCCCUACUGGGUGAUGGAAGGCCAGCUCUCAGACCCCACUUUCUACCUUGUCUGCUUCCUCACACCAGUCGCGGCUCUUCUCCCAAGGUACUUUUUCCUAUCUCUACAAGGGAGUUAUGGGAAGUCUCUGAUCUCAAAAGCUCAGAAAAUUGACAAACUCCCCAAGGACAAAAGAGACCUGGCGAUCCAGAGCUGGCGAAGCAGACACACGCCUGCCCGUGUCCCUGGAAAGGCUCAGCCCACCCCCCGUCCAGUACCACCCGUCCCUGAACAGGACUUGAAAACCAGCACCCCCAAGCAGAAGUGCAAAGAGGACCGGGUGCCGCGUGGAGAGAGAAGCAGCAGAGACCACAUGAGGGAUGACUCGUGCUCAACAGACUCCUCAGCUAAACUCUCAUCCAGAGAUCACCUUCUUCUGGGGCCUAGCAGCACAAUGGCUUCCGGGGCCAACUCAAGUGGACAGGCUAAUGUCCACCAACGCUCGAGCAGGGGCAGCCAUCGCCGAUCUCAGAGUUCAAUGACCAUAUGAGGGGCCUGCAAAAAUGUGUACAAACUCAGAGGAGAACGCCCAGUCAGAGGCCUCAUUAAGCCAAGCCUCUUCCUCUCUCUGUGAAGGGAAGAAUUUGCCAUUCUUAUUCUGUUCUCCCGACUAGGCUUGACUUCCUUAGCGGAAGCCAAGGGGUUUGACAAAAAAAGGAGUGGAAACCAGUUGACCUCUAGUUUUCUCCAGGCAGCACAUUUUACAACAGAGUUUUUAUAAAGAGGCUAUGUUUCUAUUGUAUUGAGUUCUCAAAAUUUUUAGCCCAGGGAUGUUCUGAUCCUCUAGAUAAGUGAAGCCUACGACCCAGGGCGAUGGGGCCAUAAGUUUCCAAGAUUCCAAGAAAUGUUAUCAACCCAGGUGAUUUCUCAGGCUAUGGAAGUUUCUGGGCUUGUCCAACCAUCACCUCACCCCUCAGUGCCAGAGUUUAAAUUUCAGACAAGACCCGUACACACAGGCGCUUCAUCUUGACUGUAUUGCAGUGAUGACCGUGUUGGGGGUAAAUAUCCCUUCUAUGCACAAAGAGUUGGGUCGCUUUUUGUCUCUAAGCCAAAGAAAACCACAUAUAAAGAUUAAAACUAAAAUUGAACUCUGUGCCACUUCUGAGGGUUGUAGGGCCACAACUCGUAUAAGAGGCAGAAAGAACAUAGCAUGCUAAGGGAAAUGGUAUACCAGGAACUCCAGGCUUUAGCCGACGGACUCUAUGUCCCUCUACCAAGAUGACAUGGGGAGCACUUUUUUUAAGCUAUUUAUUUUAUUUAUUUUUAAAUGGAAGUACCCAUUCUCAUUCAGCUCUCAGAACAAGAAAACUCUAAAAUCGAUAGAUCUUAGCACACCUGCAUCUAGAAUAGACCCUUUUGAUGGAGCAACUCUGAGCCCAAACAAUGACAUCUUAAAUGGUAGGGCCAGUGUUAAGCUCUGUUCAUUAAGACUGGAAGAUACUGGCACAUGCUGCCAUUAAAAAAAGGGGGAAUCAGAGGAAGUCUCACUUCACCAUGAAAAGAAGGACUACAUAGACUUCUUACUCCUAGAGGUGGUAAACCCCAAAAAUGUAAGAGCUCAAAAAAGUGUUGAAAUAAAAGAAUGGAUGAUAGAAUUCUAAUAGGCUGUUGAGAAAAGCUAGGUCUACUAUAGGCAAAGAAAGCCUCUCUCUAGUGUUUUAAAAUAAGCCAGGGAGGACUACCAAACCCUCUCUCCUUAAGGUGGUGCCUAUAGAUUAGGCAAAAUCCCUAGAGGUUAGGGAUGGAUGUGACAAGCCUUUGAGCCCAAGUCACAACCACCCUACUUGACUAAGAGUCAUAGCCACCUGACUUGAGUAACUUCUCAGCAAAGAUGCCCAAAAACAUCUCAACAAUCAAGUUGGCAAAUGGAAGACCCAGCUGGUCCUCUGACUACCCUGCUGACACCCUUGAUCUGGAGGGCCAUGUGAAGCAUCAUCCUGGAGCCAAUACAUUGGAUCUCCUUCACUAACUCUGCCACAUAAGGACACCAGCACUGGCCAGCCAGUGGGUAUUCAGGGGACUCCUACAUGAGGACUGCUAAAAAAGGAGCAGGUAAACACAUCAGGCACAGCAGGAAUGAUGUGGAUUGUCCCAAAUGAGGGGAUUCAGCCAAAACUUGGAUCUCACGGUCCUACCUUUCCCCAUACAAUUCCUGAAAGCCAGAUGAGACAGGAUGUUUCAACAAAGAACAGAGGAGAGGGAAGAAACCUGGCCUCAGGAGAUCUGGGACGCAGAUCUUUGCUCUGCCCCAUACUCUGUAGGAGCCAGGAGCCUUGAAGCUGGAUGCAACACCUACAAGUUAGGUUAGAACUGCCCUACCUCCCAGGCUUGGCACAAGGAUCAAGUCAAAAUUACAUGGGGCUGAGAAAACGCUUUGAAAGCUGUAACACCCUUGAUAAUAACACAGGGAUUUUUAUUUCAGAGUUAAGAGGAAAAGAGGUGAUGGGGAAAUUGAGAAAACGUCUGAUCUCAGCACCUAAUGCCAAACCUUACCCAUCAUUGUGAUGCUGCUCUGUUUCCUCCAUGACCAACCAUCCCAGUUUGCCUAGAAUUUUCCCAGGUUUAGCACUGAAAAUCCCACAUCCUGGGAAACUCCUCAGUCCUGGGACAACUGGAAUAGCUGGUCACCUGCUCUUGCUCUUUUUUGUAAACCAAAUCAACUGUGACCCUCCAACACGCCACCUUAGGGGAAAAGGUUAUAACAACUCUUUCCAUAUAACAUAAUGCUAAUGAUUGUACGUAAUACAUUUUUAUACUUUUAUGACCUUUUACUGAUUGACUGGAAAUGUGUCAUUCUUUAUUAGAAGA